CAACCAAAAAACCAACUCAACUGGUUCUGUCUCUGAGUCUCUUUCUCCUUCUUCUUCUCCAUCUUAUUCUCCCUCUCUGAUCUACCCAAAACGCACCGUUUUGUCAACCUCUUUCUCUCGUACAACGUAGUCUAACCUGUUCUUCUUUUACAUUGUAACUUAAUGUUUUAGUUUUUAUUUUAUUCUUUAGUUUUUGUUUUCUUUUUUUGGAUUUAAAAGCAGAGGAGAGACACCCCAAGCUAAGCUUGGGAUCCGAAUUUCAAAUGGAGGCAACAACAGCAGAGAGAUGUUAUAUUGAUGAAGAAGCUCCUGACCCCAAUUCUUGUUACUUGCAAAAGUUCAAACUUUACGAGACUCUCUCGAAUUUUUACAUGAUUGGAAGAUACAAAAACAGAAAACUAUGGAGGGUUUUGAAGAUUAACAGAUUAGACCUAUCAGAGCUUAGCAUUCUUGAAGAUACUUCAACUUAUUCAGAUUUUGAAGUUCAAGAAUUGAUUAAAACAAUUCAUGAAGGGAACCGGUCAACGGGUGGCCUUAAAUUGGUUACAAUAUGUUAUGGAAUAGUUGGAUUUAUAAAGUUUUUGGAGCCUUAUUAUAUGGUGGUGAUAACGGAGAGGAGGAAGAUUGGAUCAAUAUGUGGGCAUACAAUAUAUGCCGUGGCGAAAACCGACAUGAUCGCAGUUCAACAUUCAUCUGUGCUAUCAAAUUUGGCUUAUUCUAAGAAUGAGAAAAGAUACAAGAAGCUCCUGAGCACCGUGGAUCUUACAAAGGACUUCUUUUUCAGCUACUCAUACAAUGUCAUGCAUAGUCUUCAAAAGAACUUAUGUAAUAAUGGGACAGGACAGUUGCUUUAUGAAACAAUGUUCGUUUGGAAUGAAUUCCUGACUCGUGGAAUCCGGAACACUCUCAAAAAUGCUCUUUGGACUGUUGCAUUAGUCUAUGGCUUCUUUAAGCAGGAAAAAUAUACAGUAUCCGGCAAGGACUUCAAAUUGACUCUCAUUGCUAGACGCUCGCGGCAUUAUGCUGGUACUAGAUAUUUGAAACGCGGUGUCAAUGAAAAGGGUAGAGUGGCUAAUGAUGUUGAGACAGAACAAAUUGUGUUUGAGGAUGUUCCUGAUGGAAGCCCAUUCCAACUAAGUUCUAUAGUGCAGAUUCGAGGGUCAAUCCCACUUUUCUGGUCUCAAGAGACUUCGCGAUUGAAUAUUAAACCUGACAUUAUAUUAUCAAAGAAGGAUCAAAAUUACGAGGCCACAAGACUUCAUUUUGAAAAUCUUGUAAAGAGAUAUGGAAAUCCUAUAAUUCUUCUUAAUUUGAUAAGGACACGUGAGAAAAAGCCUCGAGAAACCAUUCUUCGUGCAGAGUUUGAAAACGCUGUUCGAUUUGUUAAUAAAAAUUUAACUAAAGAAAAUCGGAUAAGAUUAUUCAACUUGGAUCUUCAGAAGUACUCUAGAAAGGCAACACAUGCAUUGACACUUCUCAGCAGAUUGGGCUUAAUUGCAUUAGGGGCAACCGGUGUCUUUUAUUGUCGAGUUACACCUGAAAAAAGGCCUGGAUUGUUGAAUUUAUCCUGCUUUGAAAAAACUGAAGACAACUACCCUCCCCAAAAUCUUUCUCAUGAAAAUGAAUGUGGUGAGAGUACGGACAUAGAAUCUAGUAAUGGAAGCCAUGAAGCUUGUGUAAAUCCGUGUGUUGAGGUCCUGAAAUUGCAAAAUGGGGUCCUUAGAACCAAUUGCAUUGAUUGUUUAGACCGCACAAAUGUUGCCCAGUAUGCCUAUGGGUUGGUGGCUCUUGGAUGUCAGCUACAAAUUUUAGGACUUAUCAACUCCGCAUAUAUUGGUUUAGAUGACCCAUUGGCUGUUGAUUUAAUGGAUAUUUAUGAGACAAUGGGUGACACGCUUGCGUUACAAUAUGGUGGUUCUGCGGCACACAACAAGAUAUUUUCUGAAAGGAGAGGUCAAUGGAAAGCAGCAACACAGUCUCAGGAAUUUUUUAGAACUCUGCAACGUUACUAUAGUAAUGCUUAUAUUGAUGCUGAAAAGCAAAGUGCCAUUAAUGUGUUUUUGGGUCACUUUCAACCACAACCGGGUAAACCGGCUUUGUGGGAAUUGGAUUCAGAUCAGCAUUACAAUAUCGGUUUUCCUGAAUCUAAUUUUGCUGAUGAGUAUUCUAGGUUAUUUUUUAAAAGAUCACUUUCAGAUGGCAAUAUUCUUUGUGAAAAUGAAUCAUCUUUGUCAGUUAUAAAGGCUGGACACAAUGGACUUUUGCCUGAUAAGCAAGGACGUGACAAAUGUCUUUCAGAGUCCACUCCGGAGAUCUCAACUUGUGGAGCUGAUAUGUCUUUUUCCAGGUAUACACCAUUAAUGUCUUGCCGGAAGCUUUUUAGAGAUAUAGAAGAAGACCAAUGUUUUGAGGUCGAUAACUUCUUUGAUACGGAUAAUGAAGAUAAAUAUGACUUUACAAGUUUUCUUGAUUUUGAUUGGCGUUCUUCAUCGGGGAAUUCAUGUGAAGAAGAUAUAUAUGAAAGGUCAGUUGCAAGUCAGUCUAGCACCAACCUUAAGGGAACUGAUCAAAUUGGCACUGAAGGCCCCGGAAAUGCUGAUUUGAACAAAUUUGAUGAGAGCUUUGUGAAGUGGGUUACAAAUGGGGAGAUGUUUUAUUGAAGUUGAUUAUGCGGAGUUUACAUGUUAAUAGUUCCUUCAACCUUCGUUGCUGAUUGAACCUCAUCCGAAGGAUGUGGAUUCCAUACAGAAAAAUAAAUGGAAGAGAUCAACCGGAAAAUCACAAUUUUGGCUUUAAUUAUCGCGUUCACGAGUGACUUGUAGCAUCGUCUAAUUUGGCAGGGCAAGGACAGCACAAGGGUAAAUAGCCAUAGUUUUCAACCUUUUGUAAAUAGUUUUAGAGUCAUAUUCUGCAGUUGGAUUAGUUCCAAUUGACAGUUUUUUAGUUCAUAGUUUCCUUUAUAAUCUCCAUGUUUAUAUUUUUCUCAUCAUUAAUGGAUACAUAGCAAGAUUCAAUAAAUGAAUUACUCCACAGUAAUCUUCAUUCCACAAAACGGGGUGGAAUUUAGUCCGGUAGCGUUAUCAAACAGGUAAAAAGUGAUCAUAACUCACACAGGCGGAAAGAAUUAUGAUUCAAACUUCAAAGAACUAUCGUUUACUGUAGAGAUUGCCCUAAAUGAGUUGUUACUAGUAUGAAACUUU